AUGCAGGGCAAGGAGAGCCCCGUUGGGUCCAACACCCAGGAGACCCAUCAGUACGUCGGCCCGUAUCGGUUGGAAAAGACCUUGGGGAAAGGCCAGACUGGUUUAGUUAAGCUUGGCAUACAUUGUGUGUUGGGGAAGAAGGUGGCAAUCAAGAUUAUCAACCGCGAAAAGCUUUCGGAGUCUGUGUUGAUGAAAGUGGAGCGUGAGAUCGCCAUUAUGAAACUAAUCGAUCAUCCGCACGUGCUCGGGCUCUCGGAUGUAUAUGAAAACAAGAAAUAUCUAUAUCUUGUUCUGGAACACGUCUCAGGAGGGGAGCUGUUCGAUUAUUUGGUUAAAAAGAGCAGACUGACCCCAAAAGAAGCGAGGAGAUUUUUUCGACAAAUAAUUUCUGCAUUAGAUUUUUGCCACAGUCAUAGUAUAUGCCAUAGAGAUUUGAAGCCUGAGAACUUGUUGCUGGACGAGAAGAAUAACAUUAAGAUAGCAGAUUUCGGAAUGGCGUCUUUACAACCCGCGGGCUCUAUGCUAGAGACUAGUUGCGGAUCACCUCAUUACGCCUGCCCCGAAGUCAUUAGAGGUGAAAAGUAUGAUGGUAGAAAAGCAGAUGUAUGGUCUUGUGGAGUAAUACUUUACGCGCUUCUAGUAGGCGCCUUACCUUUCGACGACGACAAUUUGAGAAAAUUGUUGGAGAAAGUUAAGCGCGGAUUGUUUUACAUACCACAUUUUGUACCGCCCGAAUGUCAGAAUUUGCUCAGAGGCAUGAUUGAAGUUGAUCCCGAGAAAAGAUUAACGUUAGCAGAAAUAAAUAGGCAUAUUUGGGUAACGGCGGCGGGAAAGGGCGAGUUGGAAUUGGAAUUGUCGAUGAUGGACGUAGUGCAGACGCACGUUAUUCCGUCCGUGGAAGCAAUCGAUCCCGACGUGCUACAAGCGAUCGCAAGUCUUGGUUGCUUCAAGGAGCGCGACAAACUCAUUCAAGAACUGCUCAGUCCAAACCACAAUACGGAGAAGGUGAUAUACUUCCUACUGCUAGAAAGGAAGCGAAGAAGACCAGCGUGUGAGGACGAGCUCGAGGUAAUGAGGAGUAGCAUGAGAGGAUCCGCAGGACAAUUAGAGGCCGAUCCGCCGAGAAAACGGGUGGAUACAUGUAGAGUGAAUGGAAGUACCGCGCUCAAUCUCGGACAAAUCAGCCAUGGCUCGCCUUUGACGCCUAGAAGACAGUCGAGCACGAGACAUCACGCGCGUCGAUCACCGAGCACGGGUGGAUGCCAUACUCAUGCGUCUCAUUCGCACACGUCAACGCCGGGCAACUCGCCGUUGCAUGCACCUGCAGGUCUACUCAGUCCUCAUAGAGCAGUGCCGACGUCGCACAUGGGCCAGACUAUUGCCUGCGGUGCACACAGACUCUCCCUUGGUGGCACCGCCAAUACUAUCGCCGGAAACGGUAGUAGUCCAACGAGUCAAAGUGUCCCGACGCCGACGCCGGCGCUUGCCAAUAUCGGUAUUGAACUCAAUGAAGUGCAGCCAGUAGCAGUCGGAGUUACACCGCCGGGGUCGCCUCACACCGGAGCGGGAUCUGGAGCUCAUCAUUGGAGAUCGCGAUUAACCACGAUCAAGAAUUCUUUCUUGGGUAGUCCCAGGUUUCAUCGUCGUAAAUUGCUCACUAGUACCGAGGAGGUACAUCUCACGCCGGAUUCUUCGCCGGAACUUACAAAAAAAUCAUGGUUCGGUAGUUUGAUGACUACGGAGAAAGAUGAAACCUUCACCGUUUUGGUCAAAGGAAAACCGCUAGCCAGUGUAAAAGCCGAUCUAAUUCACGCCUUUUUAUCGAUAGCAGAAUUAUCUCAUAGCGUGAGCUCGCCAAUGUCGUUCAGAGUGGAGUACAAAAGAGGUAGCACCGCACCAGCCAUGUUCCAGAGACAAGUACGAUUUCAAGUUGACAUUAGCGCAAUCUCGAAGCAGCCGAAUGAGCCCCUCUUCGCCAUUACCUUUACAUUAUUGAGCGGAAACAUUCGAAGAUUCAGGCGAGUAUGCGAGCAUAUUCAGUCUCAGGUGUGUUCAAGAAAUGUGAGUAUGAACUUGGGAGGACAAAGCAGAGCCGCGCCGCCUAGUCCGAGGGCCUCCAGAAAGUUCACCACAGAGAUGAGCGAGAGUUCCAGCUGUGGCAGUGAUACCAGUGAACGACUAUUUCUUAGUCCUCACCCAGCUACCAGACAGAUCGAUUCGGACAUCGAAUCGGAUACGUCUGUAUUUGACGUGAAAUCACCGACCCGUGAGAAUGGUAGAAGAAGUUCGACAUCGACGAAUAAUAACAAUGCCCUGUCGGGCGAUACAACACCAACGCCAGGCAGCCCGCCAAAAGCGGUUCGAAGUAACUCGGAGAGUCAAAACACGCCUGAGAAGAAAUGCGUGACCACGAUGAGCGGCAACAACAUAGCGUGA